AUGUCAUAUAGUUACAAUCCGUUAGAUGAAGAUGAUACGAAUGAACCAUAUGAUAAAAAUCUAGCCCUUAUUCCUGAGACAGAAUCUUUCGCUAAAUUCAUCACAAUUGACAAACUAGUGGAAGCUGACAGACCAAUUUCAGAUAUAAAACAAUCACGAGAGGUGUUUGCUUCAACAUUUCAAGCUUAUAGGGGUACAUUAUGGGAAAAGAGUAAAACAUUUGUUACUUUAACUUGCAUAGCAAUAUUGAUUGGUUGUUUCGCAGGGUUUAUCCAGAUCUUUACAGAAACAUUAGGUAAUUGGAAGACUGGACACUGUGCCAGGAACUGGUUUCUUAAUAAAUCAUUUUGUUGUACUGAUGUAGUACUUGAAGAAAUGUCAAAGAGAAGUCCAUUAUUAAAACGUCAGGAAAUGGAAUGCAUAGAGCAAGGUAUAUGGGUCGAAAGAACAGGUAUAUUUUUCCCAUUUAUAACAUUUUUUAUAUUUUCAUUAUGUUUUGCUUUAGCAAGUACUCUAUUGGUCAAAUAUAUCGCUCCGAUGGCAACUGGUUCUGGUAUAUCAGAGAUUAAAGUUUGGGUGUCUGGAUUCAUAUAUGAAUCAGAAUUUUUAAAUGGUAUAACACUUUUGGUUAAGAGUAUAUCGUUACCUUUAGCCAUCUCAUCCGGACUAAGUAUAGGUAAAGAAGGUCCAUCAGUUCAUUAUGCGACAUGUUGUGGGUUUAUUGUAACAAGAUGGUUAUUAAAGGACUCUUUAACCUAUUCUGAUCAAUUCGAGUAUUUAACAGCUGCAAGUGGUGCGGGUGUGGCUGUUGCAUUUGGUGCACCGAUUGGUGGUGUAUUAUUUGGUUUAGAAGAAAUAUCAUCAGCUACUGACUUUAAUGCCUCUACACUCUGGAAAUCUUAUUAUGUAGCAUUAAUUGCUGUCACAACAUUGAAAUGUAUUGAUCCAUUUAGAAAUGGUAAAAUUAUUUUAUUCAAUGUUACAUAUGAUAAAAAUUGGAAAGUAAUGGAAUUGCCAAUAUUUAUCGUUUUAGGUAUAUUUGGUGGUCUUUAUGGGAAAUAUAUUAGUAGAUGGAAUAUUCGUUAUGUGCAUUUCAGAAAACAAUAUUUAAAGAAUUGGCCUAUACAGGAAGUUAUGGUCUUAGCUUUAGUAACCGCAUUUAUUUCAUACUUUAAUGAAUUUUUAAAACUAGAUAUGACUGAAAGUAUGGGUGUUUUAUUUCAUGAAUGUUCAAAGAAUGAUAAUAGUUCAAUCUUCGCUCAUAGGCUAUGUCAAUUAGAUGAAAAUACACAUUUUUGGGAGUUUUCUAAAGCGUUAUGUUCAUUGUUAUUCGCCACUUUAAUUAGAUCACUUUUUGUUAUUAUAUCAUAUGGCGCAAAGGUUCCAGCUGGUAUAUUUGUACCGUCUAUGGCGAUAGGUGCAACAUUUGGUCGUGCAGUGAGUUUAAUCGUUGAAAGAUUCGUUACAGGUGCGAAUGUAAUUACACCCGGUGCAUACGCUUUUUUAGGUGCUGCUGCUGCUUUAACAGGUAUUACUAACUUAACGUUAACAGUGGUGGUUAUUAUGUUGGAAUUGACAGGUGCAUUUAUUUAUAUUAUUCCAACUAUGAUUGUCGUUGCAAUUUCGAGGAUUAUCUUAACAUCUUCGGGGACUGCUGGCGGUAUUGCAGAUCAGAUGAUUUUGGUGAAUGGUUUCCCAUUAUUAGAAUAUGAAAGUGAGGAUAAAGAGGAUGAUUUUAUGACAUCUUACACUACAGGAGAAAUAAUGUCUACUGACUUAUAUACUCUAAGUGAAACGAUGUAUUUAUCUGAUUUGGAAGUUUUAUUAAAUGAUCCAAAUAAAGAAAAAUUGGUUAACGGGUUCCCAAUUAUCUCUAAUGACUAUAAAGUUAAAUCUGAGAUGAGAUGUGUUGGUUAUGUCCUUAAGAGACAUUUAAUAGCUAAAGUGUUACAAUAUCACAUCGAUAGUUCAGAGUCUUCAAACAUAACGAUAAAUUUCACCACUAGUGAAGAAGCAUUGACGGGCGAUAAUGAGAUCAGUUUUAAGGACAUUGUUAAUUUGCAACCAACUACUGUGAAACCAAAUGUAACAACAGCAAUGUUGUUUAAGACGUUCAAACAUAUGGGCUGUAAAGCAAUUAUGGUUGAACAAGAUGGAUUACUAAAGGGUUUAAUUACAUCAAAAGAUAUUCAAAGAUUCGAAAGAGCAAAAUCCAGAGAGAAAUUCGGUCCAACAUAUAUCUACAAUGAAGAUCUAAAUCGUAAAUUCUGGUCAUUGUUGAAUAAAGUCAUUAAUAUAUUUUCUCAAAACGAUGUUGAAGCUGCCAUGUAA